AUGUACACUCUCCAGUCGGUUGUUGGUGCUACAGUCCUUGCUUUCGCUCAAGCAUGUACUGCUACGAUCUGGGUUGAUACUGUGCCCGAUCACGUCCGUCCAUAUGCUAUAAAUCAUUACGAUGCGGGCGGAUGUGUCAUUGGAAAACAAUAUUAUCGAUUUCCAGUGACUGGACCUUCUUCCGAUAAUGCUUUCACCUUGAUCGCAACGAAUGCUCCUGAAUCUACCGACCUAGGUGUUUUGCCUCAUAGACACGAAGUUCAUUAUGAGAACUUCUUCAAUUACAAGGGCAGAUUUCAACUUUGGACCAAUAAGGAUGGGGUUGAGGAGACGAGAGUUCUAACUCCUGGAGAUUAUGGAGCAGUGCCUAUCAAUACCACCCACACUUUCCAGAUCUUGGAUCCGGAUACUGAGAUGGUUGGCGUCAUUUCACCCGGUGGAUUUGAGUAAGUUCUGUUGUACGAAUGCCUCUGAUCAUGUCACUAAUCAUACCACAGAACUCUCUUCUAUGCUCUCGCAUCCGAAAACUUCAAUUCCAAAAGCGCUCCGUAUGAUCCUACAGCAGCAGAUGGUAGCCCCCCACCAGCAAACGUUACUUCCUCUCUUCAACGCUUCGAUGUCUUUGCCGAACUAGCAUACGCACCACGGCGGGACGAUGUUAAUGGUUUUGCCCCAGUAAACUCCACAUGGAGAACCGGGCCGAAUGCCCUCGCAGAAGACGCUACAAAACCAUACUUCGUUGCCAAGGAUUUCGGGCCAAAAAUCUUGAACAGUAAGGCCGCAUAUCAAGUUGUACAGCCAUUUGUCACACCAGCUCAAUCCGAUGGGGCCUUCACGUUGUCGACCAUUACUAUUGCGAAGGAAACGAAGAACAGUACGUCUGUCGCCCAGUCUUUCGAUGGGCAUGCUGCUUUUGAAGUUCUCGAGGGCCAAUUGAUUGUUGAAUUGGAGGGCGAAACUGUGAGCUUGUUGCAAGGAGACGUUGUUUUCAUCCCUGCAUAUAUUCCUUAUAAAUAUUAUACGCGUGUGAGUUUCACAAAGACACUCUAUAUCAGUCAAGGAGCGGAAGGUCUUGACAGUGCUUUGAUUGCUGCUGGUGAAAGCUGGAGUAGCCCAAUCUUCCCAUUGAGUUAA